AUGGGGUCCCCACAACCAUUAUUUCAGACAGAGGAGUCAGUUUACAACUAUCUUCUGGAGAUUGAUCCAGAAGGGAUUGGGGAUACAAAUGAUGUUCAGGUAAUGGAGAAGUUGUCUAAUGAGGAGAGCCUCAUAGCUAUCCUUGAUCGCCAGGUUUAUUCUGAUAUAUGGCAGUAUGAGUCUACCGCAUGCUUUAAAGAUUUCCAUAUUGUCAGUCUGAUUAUAUCUAGCAGGCUCAAUCAAUGCCAAAUCCACAGUGAUCUAAUCAAGGUUCCACCAAAUGAGCUUAAUGUUAUGUGCUCACCAUGGCCUUUCGUCGCCUGGGGCAUGGAUGUCAUUGGACCCAUAGACCCCACAGCCUCAAACGGGCAUCGAUUCAUUUUAGUCACCGUCGACUACUUCACCAAAUGGGUGGAAGAAACAUCACACAAGAUAGUGACAAAGAAAGUGGUAGUCGAUUUCGUGCGAAACAAUAUCUUAUGCCGAUUUGGAAAACCCGAGUCCAUCAUAACUGACAAUGGGGCCAAUCUGAAUAGCCAUAUGAUGAAGGAUAUAUGUGAGCAAUUUAAGAUCACUCACCAGAACUCAACAUCCUAUCGGCCACAAAUAAACGGAGCCGUAGAAGCAGCCAACAAGAAUAUCAAGAGGAUAUUGAGGAAAAUGACAGACAAUUACAAAGGUUGGCGCGAGAAAUUGCCUUAUUCUUUACUGGGAUACUGUACUACGGCCAGAACUUCAACAGGAGCAACUCUCUACCUACUGGUUUAUUGUACUAAAGCGGUUAUACCUGCCGAGGUCGAGAUACCUUUCUUAAGGAUCAUCCAAGAAGCAGAAUUAGACAAUGCUUAA